AUGGAUAACGACACGGACAGCAAGACGGAUCAGGCCGCGAGUCCGACAAGGAACGUUGCCGCGACGGCCUCACCCAACGACCCGGACCAUAGCCAUGCCCCUUCACCUGAUCCGCCUUCUACUCGCCCAAAUCCCUUUGAUGAUAGUGAUCUCUCCGCCCGCAAAAGGCGUCGAACUUCGGGCUCUGCGUCACCCCCACCACCAGCAUCGGCAUCAGCAUCAGCAUCCGCAUCCGCAAGCUCGGGCGCAUCGACAUCUGGGAAAGUAUCCGCAGACGAUAAGUCGGCCGUCAAGAGAUCCAGCACCAGUACAAUGAUCAUGGGCCAACAGUCAAAAAUUGCAGUCACGUCUUCUGCAGACAAAAUUGAGCUCUCAUGUACUCCAAGAACGCCAACAGACAGCGCCAAAAGCAAUAGCCCGACGCCGUUAUCCUCCAGCAAGGUCACCAUCAACCUGAGAAAAGUCGCCGACCCUGUCACUAACUCUGCAGAAACUUUUUUGCCGUCAUUGAGUAACGACGAGGCUCCACCGGUUAUCUCAAACGUCACCGGCGAUCGCCAACAAAAGCUGACUGUGGAGGUGCCGCAGCGCGCCAGGUUAGAAGAGCAGACUGCCCAAAUGUCGGAUUCUGCAAGCCCACCAGUUGAACUCAUCGCCAUCUCCGACGAUGAAAACGAAGAGAGUGAUGAUGAAAUGGCUUUUUCCGUUGACGAAAAGGCUACUGGAAUUCUGAGUCGUGGGCUAUUGCCUCUUGACCCUACUCCGCAAUUUCCUUAUAUCCAACGCAAUGAAGAGCCAUCCCUGCCGCUGCUUCGAUUUAUUCAUCACUUCAAAGCUGAUUCUCCUAUUAACCCCGAGGCUCUUAUCUUACUACAAGCUUGGAUCCAAGAUUAUCUGAGUUUUGCCAGAAAUGCCGAGAAGUUGACGGUGCUAGACUCUCGGCAAGCAAAUAAAAGGUUCUGGUUAAUGUUCCCUGAGUCAAUGCUGCAGUUGUUGCUAAGAAGUUCCGAGCUUGUCAAGUCACCGGAGCUGCGCAGUGCCAUAAUCGGGGUCUAUUCCGCCUUUGCCUGUGUAGCGGCUCGCAUGGUUGCUCUGGACAUUCUGGUGCUUCGAGAAAUGCAAUCCACCAUUGGAGUGACCAAUCAGGAGCCUCCCGAUCUGUACUCCGCAAAGUACCUCCUACAGCUUCAUGACAUAAUAGUCACCGAUGUGUCCUCACCAAAUACCGGCGAAGAGAGAUCUCUUGGCUCGGAUUGGAUUCAAAAUGAAGUCGGGUCCUACCUACUUACUAAACUACAAUCUAGCCAAGGUGGCAGCGUGUCCGCCUUCUCGCAUUUGGCAGCUGCCUUGACAGCCCUUGUCCCAAAGUUCCCACGACUGAUGGAACAUUUGGCAGCCAUCGCAAAAAUUCUAAGUAGUUGUUUGCGAGAAUCCGUACGAAUGCUCGUCACGGAGGGCGACCGAGUCGCACAAGCACACAGCCAAUUGGAGAUAGGUACUACUACUUGGGACAACAUUUCGACUUGUUUGGAAAUGGUAAUUGAGAAACACGUUACUCAAUUAGGUGUUGACACAGCUACAAUUCUAAUACAAGCUUUGACGGAUGUUUUGAAGUGGACGCUGCGUGGAGAACACAGAUCAGCAUACGACACUCUGCGCCAACACCUGCAAAAAUAUCCCAACCUACCUUAUAUUCAUGGAUUUGAGGCGGUUGCCUGGCAAUGGAGGCUCGGUAUUUUGGACCGUUUAAUACGUUCAAGUCAAAUGCAGCUUCGUGUUAUGGCCAUUACCAGGUUGUGUAACGACCUCGUGUCAGUAUGGAAAAGCACCAUAGACGCCGGUGAUGAAAGCAGCCACAGAUUUCUGGCAUUUAUUGGGGAGUGUUUACUGGAGACUCGGUUGAUCGAUUACAUAUUGGGCCCGAACUGUCAUCCUGAGAUUAUUGUCGAGAGUUCGAAUGUGUUAGGGUUUCUGAUUGUUACCAAGCUCUACAAACAGCACCACACCGACCGUCUAUGGCAAAGUCUCAUGCUCUGCCAAGAUCCUCGCAUUACAGAGGCUUUAGCACGUAUGGUAACAAGUAUAACCAACCUGUUCGACUACGAUGGUUUGCUAGGCUGGUGUCAAAAGUUCCAAACAGUGCCGCUUGAAGCAUUCUCGCCGGCCAUACGCACUCUCUGGGACAAUGUUAUGAAUGACCUGAUAUCGAAAUGUCAAUCAGAGCGGCAUACACCGUCAUUCGAACCCUUCGAUCUUUGCUUGAGGCUAUUAAGGGAAGCCUCAGUUUGCACGGCGGGAUCGCGAGUAGCCGAUCCCGAUUUACAAAUGGUUGCCAUACAAAAAUUGAGGGAACUUUUGACCACCGCACGACCCGAUGAUCUAGACAUUUUGCACCUGAGCUGUCUGGACGACAUAGCCAAGAAGUCGCCUACAGCACUGGGAAGUUUGUGGUGCUUGUCCAUGUCCAUGCGGGGAAACAUUCCCAACGAAGUCGAGAAUCUUACGAAGAAUCACGACCUUGCGAGGCUUCUUGUAGAGGAAUUGGCUCAUGCAGUCCAUGCCGGGCAACAAGCGGGUGCGUUUGCCGUCAUUUCUGGCGCGCCCAACGUACCCAGAAGGGAUCUAAUCGCCAGCAUUAUUCAAUUUCAACCGGCAGCUUUGAAUAACGGGCUAGGCGCCCUAUUGCUGGAUAUCAUUGUUGGUCCGAAAUCACCCUGUGCCGAUGACAGAAAAGCUGGCUGGUACCUGCCUGGCCUUCCAGCUUCCUGUUUCUCAGAUGGCAUGCUCGAUUUCGUUCGAGAGCGAGUCUUGUGUCUGGCCGUAGAUGGCAGUAACUUUGCCUUGGAUGACGCAGAAGCCCUUUCGCACAGUGGUGUUGAGCAGCUUUGGCGGAUCAUUUUAGAAGCUGAAGACCCCCUUUUGGUGUCUCGGGCUAUCUCUACGCUCGCAGUCGACCUAUACUUGGAAAGUAAUGCUAUCAAGUCAUAUUCGGUCUGUCGGUCGAGGAAGGUGCACAUAUCGCUGGUCAAUCGAUGCUUGAACCAGAUGAAACAAGCGGCUAAGAAGCUUAACGGAUCCGCUGAGUCUGUUAUCGGGGAUGACGAUGAAUCAAUGGUGAUUGUUGCAACCACUGAAGAGAUCCAGCUACAAGAGCGUGUUUUCAGACGCUCUCUCCAGUUGAUGAGGUUUUUUCUUGAAAAAUACCAGGUGCACGGCCGGUUUUCCGUUGCGGACUUCAGACCGUUGAUGCUGACGACGGUAGAAGAGAUAAAAGGCGAGUCAGCAUGUUUACAGUAUCAGGCCUUUGACAGCUAUAAUCGCUCCGACAUCAAGCCCUUAAGUAUUGGUCUUGGGAACUCCAUUGCUUCCCUUUUAACUUGUAUAAAAAACUUGACCGGAUUUGACAAUUACCGCAUAUAUUAUCGUGGACAGCCGCUCCUUCCCAAGGAACAUCAAACUACGAAGUCUUUAGAAGAGCUUGGCAUACGUGAUGGAUUUAUUCUGGUCAAACAGGAAGAAGGUAGUGCGUCACUUGCAGGAUAUAUACGCCCUGGUUCAUCGCCACUAGAGAUUGAAAUUCUGGGCCACUUUCAAGAUUUGUGGGAAUAUCUGAGUAUGGGCGAGAAAUUAGCUGAAGAAGUCUACGACUUUCUUGUGAAGCUUCCGGCAGAUGGCCACUUCAUGCUGCAGUUUGAAUCGGAUCAGAAUGAUCAUUCGAAAGUAUUCCUCAACGGGCAGGCGUUCAAGACACUGUAUGGCCUCCAUGCCCUAAUUGACUAUAUCGAGGCUGCUCAACAUUCUGCAUCCACAACGAGUCACGACGAUUCCAUGGGAACCACGUUGACAUCUUACCAACAGGCCCUCGUGAGGGGCUUGCGCCUGAUUGUCAAGGCUAUAGGCGAUCCCAAGACGCUAGAUGAAAUGCCGGCUGUCCAGCAGCUACGAAUUGGAGCUACAAUCCUGCAAGUUUUCGUGAAGCUGUUCACAGAAGCUACCAGGUACAAAACGUUAUUGCAAUUUGGCGAUGACGUGCUGCCACAUCCCACUCGCCUCAUAGACAUCUUAACCAAGGUGGAAGGCGACACAAGUGACACCAGCUUAGCAUUGAUAGAAAGUGCAUGCACAGCAGUCUUGCGCGUGGGCUCGGUGAACCAGGAAUUUUGGAACACAAUUGUAACAUCAACCUCUUUUCUCGACAUAAUGAAGAACUUUCUGUUGAAAGAUCCUCGAAAGGAGGUGAGACAAACAAUUGUUGAACUUAUCGAGGAUAUCACGGGCCCACAAACUCAGCUCUUAACACCAGAAAGCGGCCACUCUGUUUAUGGCAGCCAGGAAACCAGACCCGUUUUGCUUUCCAUCUGUACCGCUCUGAUCGAGGGUCUGCCACUUUGCCUCAUCCACCAGUCUCAGCCUGAGGAGUACUUCAGAGCCCUGCUUCAUCUGAUUGCCCGCGCAUGCACAAUGACUUCUCAGGCCUUGGAUAUUGACCUUCUCGCAGCAGUGGCACGGGACCUCCUGUUAAAGCAUACCUGCAUAGAAACAAUCGAUCGGCCGGAUAUAGCAGACCCAAUCGCGGCUGGCCUAGUGGCUGUGCUGCACAUUUGUGUACAGAAUAGCCAAAGUCACAGCACGUCCAAGAAUUUUGAUGAAAACACAAUAUCUCGGUUAUUUUGGCGCCAUCUCUUUCCAAGGAAACGACGUGGUGACAAGGACUGCGUUCCUCAAGUGAUUCUCAAUUCGGGCACGCGAAGGAAGCUCUACGAUGUAGUUUUCCGCUGCGUUAGAUACGAUUUAAAUUCUUUCGUUCACAUACUUAAUACGUUGAACGGUCUUGUGCCAUUUUACGUGGAAGAGCCUGAUGACCCUUAUCUCUACGAUCUUCCGUAUCAAUUCGAUCGGUCUAGAGCAAUCCGAGCCCCAUGUGGAUAUGUUGGAUUACGAAACCUCUCCAACACCUGCUAUCUGAAUUCACUGCUCACUCAGCUGUUCAUGAACACCCAAUUCCGAAGGUUCAUUAUGUCUGUCGCCGUGCAAGACCCACAAGCAUCACAGCAGCUACUCUUCUAUACCCAGAAGCUAUUUGGUUAUAUGCAGGAGAGCUACCAACGGUUUGUGGACCCUUUUGAUGUGGUGACCUCGAUAAGGACGUAUGACGACACCCCCAUUGAUAUUCAUAAUCAGAUGGAUGUUGACGAGUUUUACAACUUACUUUUUGAUCGAUGGGAAGGGCAGUUGCUCAACAAGGAUGAUAAGAAACAAUUGCGUUCAUUUUUUGGGGGCCAGUUGGUCCAGCAGGUGAAGUCCAAGGAAUGCCAACAUAUCUCGGAGCGUCUCGAGCCAUUCUCGGCUAUCCAAUGCGACAUCAAAGGCAAAGCCACACUUGAAGAAAGUCUCCAAGCUUACGUGGACGGCGAGGUGAUGGAGGGUGAAAACAAGUACAAGUGUUCGACUUGCGACCGUCAUGUUGAUGCAGUGAAGCGAGCGUGCUUGAAAGACGUGCCAGACCACCUCAUAUUCCACCUCAAGCGUUUUGAUUUUAACUUGCGAACCUUGCAAAGGAGGAAAAUUAACGACUACUUCACGUUCCCCAAGAGUUUGGACCUUGCCCCGUACACAGUCGAGUACCUCAACGCCGAGAAGGAUGCGACUCGGAGCGACAUUUUCGAACUAGUUGGAAUCCUCGUCCAUUCGGGAACAGCUGAAUCCGGACACUACUAUUCCUACAUCCGAGAGAGAGAAGCUUUUGGUCGACCAAGUUGGGUUGAAUUCAACGACGACUCUGUACUUCCAUGGGAUCCAUCCCUGAUGGAAAGCGCAACAUUUGGCGGCCCAGACCCUCAGUCGUCCCUCCACGACAUAAAUGGUAUCGUUUAUGACAAGACUUACAGCGCCUAUAUGCUUUUCUAUCAGCGUGCAUCAUCUCUACACCAUGAUUCAACAUCUGGCAAUGCGACGAUUAAUGGCCGUCCACCACCUGUUGAGGUCCCGGCUCCAUUGAAGGAGCAUAUUCUCAAUGAGAAUAAGCUGCUACUUCGCCGACAAUGCCUCUUUGAUCCGGGCCACAGUGUCUUUGUACAGCAAUGUUUUGGCCACUCCAUUUUCCUUGGAGAAAGUCAGGCGGCCAAGUUUCGCACGUCAAAGAAUGAUGAUGAAAGCGAAGACGACGAGGAGGUGGGAAGGGGUGCAAGUUCUGAUCUAGAUAGUUCGACCCACACCUUGCAGAACUUGGCCAUGGAAAUGUCUCUGUCUCAUUUCGAUCAAGUGGUUUCCAGAACCAAGGACUCUAUCCUGAUGGAAUCUUUUGCGUCAAUGUUAAGAUCUGCGGUUACAAAGUGCUACGAUUGCGCACUUGCAUUUUACAACUACUUCCAUGUGCGUCAUGGGGCUUUUCGCUCGUUGGUUCAGCGAAACCCAGAUCCAGACAUCAGAAGCUUUACUGGCAAGACGCUUGUACUUGCGGCCUCCAAGAUUCGAAGCGGUCUUCCGCGACUUUACCAUUGCCCAGUCCCAACAAGAACGGGCUCCAGCCAAGCUAGUAUGGAUAGCGAGGAUGACUGGGACGACUCAGAGCCCCCACCGUCAGUAUUACAAGGAAUCAUGAGCAUCUUUAACCACCUUUGGAGAUUCUUUUAUGUACACAUAAGGUCCUGGGACGAAUAUUUCGGCACGGUGCUCGCCUUUGCCAGACUUGGAGAACUCGAGGUUGGCCGUCUCUUAGCGGACAAUUACUUGCUUAAACUACUCCAUAUCAUCAGCGCGGAUCCGUCAAUGGAGUUGCAGCCCAACUAUCAGCGCAUGGUUAAUAACCUAAUGCGGCGCUUCAACUCUAAGCCGGCUUCCUACACUGCAAUUCUGGCACUCAUCGACUACCUCAUGGCACAGCUGGAACCUAUGUUGAGCGCAGAUGUGAUUGUGGACGAGGCAGAGGAUAGACGCGAUGGACGAAAGCCCUUCCCAUGGACAUCGGAGGAAGUCCAGGCUGUUCACAACCACCCUGACGGCCCUGCGACUAGUUUUUUCACGGAAAAACUCUUGGAGACGGAUCAGGCACCAGAGUUGACAAACAGCAUUAUUGGACGAUUGGUCGAGAGCGGAGAAGAAUUGGAUCUCAGGGUAUUCAACACCCUCCGAAAGAAAAUCCAAGGGGAGACGACAACGCAGCCAAUGGACUCGUCCAUCCGGGCAGCCGGGCGGUAUGCUGAAUGCAGUGAAUCGCUGGAGAGAGUGCAUAUCCUCAUCAGGCAUAUUUGCACACAAGCACGCAGUCUCCAACACAAUGAGGGAUCUACGUUCUUGGGUUUUGUGGACCUGAUGCUGCGCUCUUGCCGACCCAACGAGAGUCUGGCUCUCGCACGUAGAAGCUACGUUAUUCAGGCGAUCCCUAUGUGGGCACCGUACCUGCUAGUGUACGGCGACGAGCACACAAGGGGCGUGACAGAGCGGCUUAUCAACGAUAGGCUCUUUUCGCCCGUAGGACUUGACGUACUUGAUGGGCAGGACGAUAACGCUGCUCUAGAACCAGAGACUUUAGAGCACGUUAUCCGACAGCUCGGAAUCAAGUGCCUGAUGUACCUCCGGGACGUCCAUGUACGGGGAAGAAUACAGCUUGAGCGCAAUGCAGCAGGAAACAUCCUACGUGUCAUUGGCUACUGCGUUCCAUUCUACGAGGGAAGCGACGAAAUGAAUGACUAUGCAGACGACAGCGCCGAGUUCCGGGCCAUUCAAGGGGAAAUAACAAGCCCCCUGCAAAGAUUGCUUGUGGACGAAAUAGAGGACGAUGGGUCUGAAUGGGAUGGCUCAUGUGGCUCAUCGGAAUUCAUGGAUGCCAACAUAGGCGCGUCGGCACAGACAGGACAUCAUCUACAUGACUAA